AAUGUGACAGACAACAGACAGACGAGUUUAUGUUGGGGUUUGUUGUAAUCCAUACCGGCUAGGGAAUUUCUAUUGUUUUAUUUACCAAAAGGUCCUUUUUAGCAGUAUCUAAUUCGUAUCUGCUUAGUAUCAUGGCAUCCGGCGAGAGUCUAACAUCUGAUAAUCAGCAAAGAAGAUGGCAUCAUAUAAGAAAACUUUUGGAACGAUCUGGACCAUUCUGCCAUCCAGAUUUUGAGCCUUCUCCAGAAAUACUGGACUUCAUUAUGGAUUCCUGUAAAGUGCUCAUCGUGGGUGCGGGAGGCCUCGGCUGUGAAUUACUCAAAGACUUGGCUUUGAUGGGAUUCAAAAAGCUUCAUAUUGUGGACAUGGAUACGAUAGAACUGUCUAAUUUAAAUAGACAGUUCCUCUUUAGACGAAACGAUAUUGGAUUAUCAAAAGCUAAAUGUGCCGUCGAAUUUGUGAACAAAAGGGUACCAGGCUGUGAAGCGGUCGCCCAUCAUUGUCCAAUUCAAGAUCUAGAUGAGGGAUUUUACAGGCAGUUCCACAUAGUUGUCUGUGGUCUUGAUUCCAUUGUUGCUAGACGCUGGUUGAAUGGCAUGCUGAUGUCACUUUUGCAGUAUAAUGAUGACAGAAGUUUAGACCAAAGCAGUGUUAUUCCCCUGGUUGAUGGAGGGACUGAGGGUUUCAAAGGCAAUGCUAGAGUAAUACUGCCUGGUAUGAGUGCUUGUAUCGAGUGCACUCUAGAUCUGUAUCCACCACAGAAAACUUUCCCACUUUGCACCAUUGCUAAUACGCCAAGGUUGCCAGAACAUUGCAUUGAGUAUGUGAAAGUCAUUCAAUGGGCUAAAGAGAACCCAUGGGGUGCCAAUACAGCUUUGGAUGGUGAUGAUCCACAGCAUGUAGCCUGGGUGUUUGAGAAGGCACAGGACAGGGCAUUGAAGCAUGGCAUAUCCAAUGUCACCUAUAGACUCACUCAGGGUGUCUUGAAAAAUAUUAUACCUGCGGUUGCAAGUACCAAUGCUGCAAUUGCUGCUUGUUGUGCUACUGAGGUUUUCAAAUUGGCCUCAUCAUGCUGCACAAACAUGAACAACUAUAUGGUGAUGAACAUGGCUGAUGGUGUGUACACAUACACAUUCAAUGCUGAGAGAAGACCUGACUGUGUUGCUUGCAGUAACACCACUAGAAUUGUCGAAAUUGACCCAGAUGCGACUCUGCAAACAAUCUAUGACAAGCUCUGUGAAGAUCCCGCAUUUCUAAUGAAGAGCCCAGGUAUAACUACAGUUAUCAAUGGCCGCAACAAGACUUUGUACAUGUCGUCCAUUAAAAGCAUUGAAGAAAGAACCAGAGAUAAUUUGAAAAAGAAAAUAACAGCGUUAGGACUGUACAAUGGUGCUGAUAUUCUUGUUGCUGAUAUUACAACUCCCAACACUAUUACAAUAAAACUGAAGUUUCUGGAGAAUCAAGAUGUUGAAAUGGGGCGAUAAGAAUAUACUCCUUCAGCUGAUGAAGAAUUGAAAUACUUAAAUUAUUUUAUGCCUUGUAUUCAUGAAUAAAGCUUUUCAGACUUC